CACCUGUGACUCAUCCUCUGUGACUCAUCCAGUUCUUUGAUCUCCGUCAGUGACUCAUCACAGCCCUACACAGCUACACGGAAUUCAGAGGACGUCUUGUUUACCUCCCCGCUCCUCGCAAUCUGGGCUGGCUCGCUCUACCUUGAGCCAAGUCUUGCGCCUCGUGCCCAUCACCACAAGAACAAUUAGUGUGGGAAUACACAUUGGGCGUUUUUCACCGACUGGGUUUCACUUUUACGGUGCAUGCAUGAUUUUGAAUAGAGAAACAUCGCAUAACAGUAGCAAGUCAAGCAGCAGCCAAGAAGUUCUCAUGUAACAUGCCAGAACAUGUAUUACCAGAGCAGCUACUGGUCAUAGUACCUGAAUUGUUUUGGUUUUUCAUCAGUUUACUGUAAAGCGUUGCGUGGCACGUUUGAUCCUGCUGACGAACCACUUCCUGCCUUUGAGCUGACAUACAUACACUCUUCCCGUGAUGACCUUGUUUUAAAUGUAUUAUUUUUUAUUUGUUAUGGUAUUUUUCUUUUUUCCAGUUGUUGACUGCAACUGCAGAAGAGUGCAAGGUCACUUUGAUUGUGCAUCCUUGUAUAGGCUCGUGUUGUAUUGGCGAGUAGGGCCUAAUCUACACCAAUGCAACAAUGUGCCACUUUUUUUCUGAGUUAUGUGUUAUGCACCUAGUAUUGGUAUCAGUCAAAUACAUUUUUAUAUGAUAUACAGUGGCCAUGCAAUGGACAGAAAUAUAGCUCUCCCCAGUGACAAUAUAGGAUAGCCUAUGCACUAUGUAGUUCUGUGUUCAAGCUGAAACUGAUAUGUAGGCUAUAGUGCUUGGAAGGUUUUUCAUGGCCUUCAGGAAGUUUACUCACUAGAUUUUGGCCAAAUCUUACUGCUGCUUGAAACCUAGUUGGUUGAAAUUGAGAGCCAUCGUUUGGAACCCAUCAUGGGCCCUAAUUUCAAUGGGCAAAGACUAACUAAAGGUAAUUUAAUAAUUAGGCAAAAUCAAUUUACUAAUAAAAUUAAGUGCAAACAUUGAUGAGCCAGCUCCCACAUGCUACACAGAUCUCUCAGCACAAUGAUGCAGUUGAUGGGGCAUCCAUCACCUGCAGACGUGAUAGCCCGCAAAGGGGCAACAUUUGUUCCGCAGCCCAGGCCUGGCUGUAAAAUGCUUUUACAGGCAGCACCUUUGGGAGAAAAAGGUCCCUGUGUUCUGUACAGAGCUCCUAGAAGAGCACCUCUCGUUUCUCUUCAAAUGGCCAAAAAGAAAUCUUGCAGUUCAGAGAGUUCAGACAUCAGCUGGGAGGUGCGAGCAAACUCUGACCAUUUCCAUAAACAACUGCAGAGGAAGUCGUUCUUCUUUUUCCAAUGGGGGCGAUAUGCGGACAAUACCAUGCGCAGUCAUAAAUACACCCCUCUGAACUUCCUGCCGUACACAAUUUAUGAGCAGUUCCAGCGUUUUGCAAACUUCUACUUCCUUCUGAUAGUGAUAAUGCAGUGUGUGCCUGUCAUUGCCACCAUCCCAUGGUACAUCACUGUGUUCCCUCUGCUCAUAGUCCUGUUUGUGCGAGCGCUCAAGGAUCUGGUCUCUGAUCUGGGGCGCAGACGCAGUGAUAAACAGAUCAACAGCAGGUCCUGUGAUCUUCUGACUUCAGGAGGAUUAAAAACAGUCCAGUGGAAAGAUGUGUCCGUUGGAGACGUGCUGAGGAUUCACAAAGACCAAAUCAUACCAGCAGAUCUUCUUCUUUUGUCCAGCACUGAGCCACACAGUCUGUGCUAUGUGGAAACCGCUGACAUAGAUGGAGAGACCAACCUCAAGUUUCGCCAGGCGCUGGCUGCUACCCACAAUGCACUGGCCUCUGACCCGCUGGAGCAGAGCCUCUCAAGCUUCAACGGUAUUGUGUUUUGUGAGGAGCCCAAUGGCCGUCUCUACUCCUUCCAGGGGGAGCUACGGUGGAACGGGGAGACCCACAGGCUGGAUCCUGAGCACGUCCUUCUCAGAGGGACAGUGCUGCGAAACACCGAUCACGCAUACGGUCUAACCAUAUAUGCAGGCGCAGACACUAAGAUCAUGAAAAACUGUGGCAAGGUGAUAUUAAAGACAACCCAAGUGGAGAGGAUCCUCAACAGGGUUAUUCUGGCGAUCAUUACAUUUGUGCUGCUUGUGGACCUGCUGUUGGCUGUUGGCUCAGGUGUGUUUGAGCACCAGUUGUCCUCACGCCUGGAGCCACUGGCGGCCCUGGGGGGCGACUCGAGUCCAGCCUACCGAGCCUUCCUCACCUUCUGGGGCUACGUGAUCCUGAUGAGCCCUGCUAUCCCCAUGUCCAUGUACAUCUCGUUUGAGGUGAUGAAAGUGAUCCAGAGUCAGUUCAUCAACUGGGACCUGCAGAUGUACCACGCAGACACCGACAAUCCCGCUCACGCACGGAACACCUCGCUCAAUGAGGAGCUUGGUCAGGUGGGACACCUGCUCAGCGACAAAACCGGCACCCUGACCCAGAACCGCCUGCUCUUCCGCCAAUGCUGCAUUGCUGGGGACAUCUACGGGGAUGUGCCAGCCCAUUCAGAGAAUCAAACGCCUCUGGACCUGAGCUGGAACCGCUUCUCCUGUGGCGGGCUGCAGUUCUGGGACCAGCGACUGGUGGAGCGGCUGGUCAAGCAGCACUGCCCACAGACCAGAGAGUUCUUCAUCGCGCUGGCGCUGUGCCACACCGUCAUGACAGAAUGGAAGGAGGGGGCUCCACAUUACCAGGCUGCGUCUCCUGACGAGGAGGCCCUGGUUGGGGCGGCACGGGAGAUGGGCUGUGUCUUUCUCUCCCGGACGCGAGACUCUCUCACCAUCAGCGAGCUGGACCACAUGCGCCAGUAUCAGCUCCUGGCUCUGAUCGACUUCACCAGCAAGAGGAGGCGCAUGUCUGUGUUAGUAAGGGAACCAGGUGGAGGGCUGAAGCUGUACUGUAAAGGGGCAGACAUGGUCAUCCUGGAGAGACUACAGAGGGACUGCCCACACAGGGAUAGCAGCGAUAGAGCACUGGAUCUGUUUGCCCAGGGCUGUUUGCGGACCCUGUGUGUGGCCGUGCGCUCGGUCACUGAGGCCCAGUGGUCAGAGUGGAGGCAGGCGCUGGAGCAGUGCCAGGCGGAGACAUCUCAGUGCGAGGCCAGGCUUGAGGAGCUGCAUGACCGCAUGGAGAGAGAGCUGACGCUGCUGGGAGUGACGGCCAUCGAGGACCGGCUCCAAGAUGGAGUCCCCGAGACCAUCUUCACUCUCCGGCAGGCAGGCAUCAAGGUGUGGGUGCUGACCGGGGACAAAACAGAGACAGCGGUGAACGUGGGCUACGCCUGCAGGCUAAUAGAUCCUGACACCAGCCUCCUGCAAGGAGACGAGCUCAGGCAGCUUCUACAGUCUUCUGACUCAGAUGUAAGGAUAAUCCAGGAGAAGAAAUCAGAAAUAUGGUGCACAGACAAAUGGAUGUCCAGGGGAAAGACUACAAUAGUCGUCAAUGGACUAGAGCUGGCGGAUCUGCUUAAUCAGCCAGAGAGUGGGGCCAGGUUUGUGGCAUUGGCCAACCAGUGCCAGUCCGUGCUGUGUUGCCGGGUGACCCCCAGCCAGAAGGCUGAUGUGGUGCAGCUGGUGCGGAGGCACACCUCUUCAGUGACCCUGUCCAUCGGCGACGGGGCCAACGACGUCAACAUGAUCAAGACGGCACAUGUUGGGGUGGGAUUAUACGGGGUCGAGGGCAGCCAGGCCGUCCAGAACGCGGACUUCGCUCUGGCCCAGUUCAGGUUCCUGCGUAGGCUGCUCCUGGUGCAUGGCCACUGGUCCAACCUGCGGAUCUGCCUCUUCCUGCGCUACUUCCUGUACAAAACCACGGCCUUUGCUUUCGUGCACAUCUGGUACAGCUUCUUCAGUGGCUUCAGUGCCCAGCGUCUGUAUGACAGCUGGUUCAUUUCCCUGUACACUGUCAUGUACACCGCCCUGCCUGUGCAGUGCCUGGCACUUUUUGAGCAGGACGUGAGUGCAGAGGGUUGUGUGCGUUGGCCAGAGGUCUACCAGAAGAGUCAGAGACUGGAACUCUUCAGCCUACGUGCUCUCACCACCACCCUAAUCUACUCGCUCUACACCUCCCUGGUCCUUUGCCUGCUGCCACUGGGGGUAUUCCAGUACCUUGCACUCGACUACCAGACCUUGGCCGUUACCGUGGGAACAUCAGCAGUGUUCACAACAACAGCUGAGAUAAUUAUUCAAACUAAGUACUGGACCAAGUACAACAUUGCAGCAGUGAUCCUCAGUUUCGUGCUGUACUUCUUGUCCACACUGAUUUUGCACAGUCCUCGUCUUCAUUCCAGCUCUCCCAAUGACUACAUAUUCCCUGGAGUGUCAAUAAAUGCCUUUGGAGACGCUGUUGUGUGGCUCACUGUUCUAUUGACCACCUGUACUGCCAUCCUUCCAUCAAUGGCAAUCCAGGCCCUGGAUGUGGCGCUGACGCGCUCCAACACACACAGGGUCCAGAGCCAGAGCAACCCUGUGCUCAUCAAGAUGAAUGCAACUCCGUUUCGCCGCGGAUCUGUCCAGCGGCGGUCCUCAUAUGCCGCCUCCCAGGGAAAGGGCUUCGGUCGCCUCAUCACCUCCGGGGCAGGUCUCCGCACCGCUGUGUCCCCCGCAGCAAAGCCCACUUCCAAUGGGGACGGACUCACACACAACUCAGGCAACACCCAGGGAGAGUGCUGACACCCUAUAGAAGAACCCCCAUUCUCCUUUGUGAAAGAUGGGGAUCUGCGCAAUAUCUAAUUUAUCCAGAGUUAUAUAUUGCUGAUUUUAAUAAAGUUUUACUAAUAAAAUAGAUUUAUUUAA